AUGAAGUGCCAAAAUGGAAAGGAAUGUUAUGAAGCACUUAACAAAGAAAGCUUGAGCACUGUGUUUGAAGUAAAUCGAGAAAUAUGGACACGUAUUUAUCCUAGACCGAUCUAUCUUAGCAAAAUCUUCAUGAAUUUCUCCGAAAGGUUUGAUUUUGCCGGAUUCUUUUAUACGCCCGGAUUCGCUGAGAAUCCCGAACUCUAUCUCUCAACAGAAAUGAAUAUUAGGCGACAAUUCUUUUAUGCAUGGAGAAACGCGCUGUCUUAUUUGGGUCAUAGAAGCAUGUACUAUCGUUUCCCACGAAGUGCACUUAAUGGUGGCUUUAUACUCAACGGUAUGCUCUCAGUUCUAAGAAAACUCAUGCUAAAUAAGCACAAGGAAUUACGUCCCAUGGUGGCAAAUAUGCCAGUAUACAUGUUGGACGCUUGCCUACUCUUUCCUGACCUUAAGGAACUGAUUAUGAAAGUGUCCCAAUUAGUUGGAUCAUCAAUCUGUGCCAUUCAGUUAAAACCAGAAUUUUGGCCCACCAUAACUUCUACAUUUAGACCAAAGAACACCAUGUUCCAAGAAAGUGAUUACUACCAAAAGGCUGUAGCCAGGGUUGACACAAAGUUGGACUUAUCUACAUCUCAAGGUCUGAGCGAUGAUCUUCUUGAAGGACAAGAUUCAUUUCCUAUUGCUUGGCUACGUCUAGAUAUAACAGAUUUUACAAAUGUUCAUGAUAGGAAAGAGCAAGAACCUGAGGACCGGCAAAGCACCCAAUUGGAUAAGGAAUGGGGUUGGGUAGCAUAUGUAACCGCCAAUGAGCCGCCAAAUGUUGAAGUCAAAUUUACUGGACCAAAUGAGGUUCACUGUCUUACGUCUGCUGGAGAUUUUAACAAUAUCACAGGCUUUCUUAUCCGUGAAACCUUCAAGAGGUUAAUUUUAAUGGAAAAGUUCGAGAAUAGGCAAUGGCAAUUCAAUAGCCAACAGAUAAAGUGGGAUAUUUCUUGUAGUGAACUGCCGAAUUACCAAAAGAGGGAUACUUGUACUGCCAUUGGAAAGUCCAUUAGACUCAAUUGCUCAAGGCCUAUCGGUCAAGUGGAGGGCGAGAAGUGUGGAAGUGUCGAUAUCGGAAAUCUAUACUUAAAUAUUACAGUGACGGAGAUAAUCCCAAAUAUUAUGGAGAUCGUGGGGGUAUCGGAGUUUAGUAGAUUGCCAAAUGGGAAAUUGGACAAUCCAACUGCUAAACCGAAAAGUUUUUUGCAGAUGGUCCUUAAAGUUAUUAGAGAGGCUUUAGUGAACUUUAAUUGCUUGCUGACUUGA